AUGAAACUCAAAAGAACCCCCAAUGCAUACUUUGAGGGGCUGUGGAGAAAUGGCGACAGUCUUGGAGCGCCCCGCUUCGAUCCCGCCGCGACUGAAGCGAUCAGCUGGAGUGAAUCCCAGAUCGGCGAGGCUGGCGAUGGCUUCUUCAUCCGGAAAAGCGGCGGCGACGAGGGCGAGCUCUUUCGUUUUGUGGAAGUCACGGCAGAGGAGAAGAUCCUGGAGCGCCUGAGAAGCAGCGCCUACAAGGUAAAGCUCGUCACUAGCACGAGUCCCAGUUCUAGUUUUUCCGAGCCUGGAGGACGGAUUUGGCUGGCUUUGAUAGGCCAGAGUGGAGAAACCGCGCUGCGAUGCGUGGAUUCGGGGACACGGUUCCAAAAGGGGGAUGUUGAUGUGGUGGAGUUCCUGGGACCGGACCUGGGAAAGCUUGAAGCCAUAUGGAUUGGACCAGAGAGAGGUGCCUGGAGGCUCGAAGAAGCUGUAGUGACCGUAGCUCCUGGAAACGAAGCCGCGAGUUCCAGAGGCGUGAAUUACAUUUUUAGAGGCGAUGGCGAGCUGCUUGGCGAUGGUGGUGAUGUUUUGGCCGUAGAACUCAAGCCACAGGUGAUUGAAUCGGAUCCAGCAAGUUCUCCACGACCAAACGAUGAUGCCAACACGAUGAAACAGUAUGAGUCCUUAAAGCGUUCUCUCUUGGUGUCACACGCGACUCUGGUUGCUCUUGGAGCUGGAGUUCUAGCACUGUCGAGCUCCAGGGACGUCGCACUAGCCUUUUCACUGGGUGGAGCUCUUGGGUUGGUUUACUUGCUCUCACUGGAAGGGGUGGUGGAUCGGAUUGGCAAAGGCGAGACUACAUUCAGGAAACCUUCCGUGCUGGUUUUGCUCGUAGCUGUGAUAUUCUUUGCGGCUGUGAUCAAAGGCUCUGUCAUACUCCAGGACAGGGAACUUAGCCCCGGGUUGCUAAUGGGAGGAGUGGCUGGGUUUUUAAUGUAUAAAGUUGCAGUCUUCAUGGCUGCCACCAAGAAAGAUUAAAAUCAAAAGCUCUUUUUGAAGGUCACAUGAGACUUAAAA